AGGAGAACUGCGGCGGAACCCUGUGCCAAGCGCCGUGCGGGCGGCGGGGAGGCGUUUUUGCAGCGAGCAGAACACGGAAGCGGCUCUGCGAGGAGCGGCGCCCCCCCUGCCGCUGCCGCCGCCGCCGCCGUCGCCAUGUCCUCCGACUUCGAGAGCUACGAGCAGGACUUCGCCGUGCUGACGGCCGACAUCACGGGCCGCAUCGGCAAGGUGCCCAAGCUGCUCGGAGAUGAGAAGAAGCAGAUGGUUGCAAAUGUUGAGAAACAGCUUGAAGAAGCAAGGGAACUGCUUGAGCAGAUGGAGCUUGAAGUUCGAGAGAUCCCACCUCAAAGUCGGGGAAUGUACAGCAGUCGAAUGAGAAGCUACAAACAAGAAAUGGGAAAACUUGAAGCUGAUUUCAAAAGGUCACGGAUCGCCUACAGUGAUGAGGUGCGGAAUGAGCUCCUAGGGGAUGACGGGAAUUCCUCAGAGAACCAGUUGAUAAAAUUACGUGAAGAGAGGGCACAUCUGCUCGAUAACACAGAGAGGCUGGAAAGGUCAUCUCGGAGACUAGAGGCUGGAUACCAAAUAGCAGUGGAAACCGAGCAGAUUGGACAGGAGAUGCUGGAAAACCUCAGCCAUGACAGAGAGAAGAUCCAGCGUGCUCGGGAAAGGCUUAGAGAAACAGAUGCAAACCUGGGGAAGAGCUCCAGGAUUUUGACAGGGAUGUUGCGAAGGUAAGGCCAAGGAUCAUCCAAAACCGAAUUUUGAUUGUUGUUCUGGCACUCUUCAUCAUCCUCACGACCGCGAUGGCUAUUUAUUUUUCUGUCAAGAGACGCUGAUAUCUUUGUUCUUCACUAAGCAGCAACAAACUGCUUGUUCUGAGUAAUUAAGACAAAGUGGUCACAUGAAUCAUUCUCUUGCACUGACAGAGUCUCCCUCUCUUUUCCACUAUUCAACUCAGGUGCAAGUGGUGUAAAAUAUUUUGUAUUAUUGAUGGCAUAGUUGAUGGCAUGUGGGGUUGAUUAUUUUUCUUAUAUUUUUUGUCUUUAUCUGAAUGUUUCUGGAAUCUUAAUAUUUGUUUGGGGGAGGGCUUGCUCUGGUCUAGAAAGACUUGGUGUGUGUCCAGUUCUACCCCAGGCAAUUAGUAUGUAAGUUGGAAGAGUUUAGAGAGGUAAAAGUGGUCUUUGCACUUUUCUUGUGCUAUACAGGGUGUAUGAAUAUCAAGCAGUAUCUGACCUUAUGUGAUGUAGAAUACGAGUAAAGCUCAGGCCAAUGAUGUAGAAAGUGAACCUGUCUCCUGUGGCUAACUCCUGAUCAUGAAUCAUGGUAAUAGAGGUAAGCUGGUUAAGAACAGCAGGUAGUUUUUAAAAGAGAGCAACCUUUAGAUGAUGUUUAAUAUCUCUUGUAAAUCCAAAACAUUAUUUAACUUUUUAUUUUUAAUUUAAGCUUUCUUUUCUGCUUAUUCAAAACACUUCCAUCAAGAUUAUGAUAAAGCAUCACUUGCCCAAAAAGGUAGUUGUGACCACAGUCCAUCUGUUGAAUCAGUUUCAAAUCUUCCAAUGUUGAUAAGUGCACACACUAGAUCUUUAUUAAAGGUGUACAAAGAUACUUCCCUAUUCAUUGCUGAUUGAAAAGAGAUCCUAAAUAAUAGUUUAGUGGCAAGCACUUGACUACCAUUAAACAAAAAUCUAGAUUUUGCAUAUUGGCCUAUGUUGACACCAUGUGUUGAAAAUAUUUUUAGUGUAUUCAAUUCUGAUGUGAUGUUCCCCCUUUUAAACAGAAACUGUAAAAAUAUUAAUUUAUACAUGCUUUUAGCUCAUACAAUAUAUCAGAAUUUCAUCUUCUAGGCUACCUGUGUGUAAAUGAGCUGUGUUUCUCUUCCUGUGGGCUGUGCCUCUCCUAUAGAUAUGUGUGGGUUAUUUGGCUUAUAACUAAGCUUAUAGCUCCAGCAAGGAUCAUUUUCUGGUGAUGUAGUAAAGUAAUUUUCAUGAUAACUUUUCAACUCAUUGUAUGUAAUCCCUUACAAAUACUACAAUUUGAGAGGGAUUUUAUGCCCUUGAACUUAAGCUCUAAAAUGCUUUUGUGAAACAAAAAGCUGAAAACUUUCAAACUCCCUCAAAAUUAAGUAGGAACUAAGCACCAAAUUUUCAUGUGUGCCUUAGAUCUUUUGGGGUUUCAGCGUCCAUGGGGUCUCUGACAACUUGCUGUGCUGUCUCUGGAAGUUGAUUUUGGGAUAAACACUUGGGAGUUGAUUUUGGCCCCAAAUGUGGCCCAUCUCUUUCUACGUGGAAAUUAAUAACCCAGCUACAAGGACGUUGCUAUUGAUACUAUAGCUAAGACCUGGAAACAUGGUGAUAAAUGCAAAAUAAAAGGAUCCAGAAGAAAAAUGGUACUCACUAAAACAAGUUGAAGCAUGUAUGGUCAACUGCGGGUUUUGAGUUUCAUGCAACUUGUGUCUGAGUUCAAAAGCAGUUUCUAUGCCAGAUUUCUCCUCCAGCUCAUGUCAAUGGCUGUAGGG